GUUAGUCAUCAUUACACUACACAUCUUUCAACUCCAAACUUCUUCUAUCGAUAAAGAAAUAUGUAGGCAUAAGAAGGCGCCUAACAUAGUUCAAGCAUGCAAAGUACUACCGAGAACCCUGUUGGCCAAAGUAAUGUGACUCGUGCAAAACUGGGCAAUUAUGGUCCAUGCUUUGCAAGUUUGCUAGCUUCAGGGGCUGUUGCUGAAGGUAGUAUCUGGUAGUCCAUCAUCAAUUUUGCUGUCUGUAAUCAGAGGUACUCUGAAAACAAACUUGCGCACCGACAAAGACUUAAUUAAGCCAGCACUGCCAUCUCAUAUAGAAGAAACAUACAAGACACCAUGGACAACGAGAAGACCUAUUACAGUCCCUGCGACCCGCCUGCUCCGCCAGACUUCUACUGUACUAUAGAUACUAGUUGUAUCGUCCUUGCGGCCAAUACGACAGUUCUAUGCUGCCCAAAGGAAGGCGGUGGGGAUUGUCAAGAAAUCAAUGUCAUCGCUUGCAACUUGGAUCAACAGGGCGCCUUUUCGAGUGUCCAGACCACAGUCAAAGAGGGAAAGCUACCGACGUGUGGCAUAGGCUGCUGUCCUUGGGGUUAUCACUGCGGACCCGAUGACCUUUGUUACAUGGACGAUGAUCAGAGCAAGCCACCACCAAUAUUGCAAAGCACGACCAACUUGAUAAUCGAUCAUCCAUCUACUGGCACUUCAUCCUCAUUGCAGUCCAUUCCGACGACUUUCGACACGUCAGUCAUUUCACAGAACCCUUCGUCACCUUCAUCGUAUGCCCCUCUAGUGACAUUCGCGUCUUCUUCCGGAGACCCAAGUAUCACCGUGAAUGCCGAUUCAGCUGGUUCAUCAGGCUCAACUCUGGGCACAGGCGAGAUAGUAGGGAUAAGCCUGGGGGGUUUCUUCAGUAUCGCACUGGUAGCUCUAGUCGUAUGCUUCAUGCGUCGUGCGCGAAAAUCUAAGGAGCAUUCAGGUGAAGAUGAGCAAAGCCAAGAUACAGUGACGCUAGAUAGCAAGGAUGUGGCAAAGUUACAUGAUCCCUACCGAGAGCUUCACGGUACUCCAGUCUUCGAGCUAUCUAGUUAGGUAAGGCACGGGCGAUGAUAAUGCUGAUGAUACAACCAAAUGAAUUUCCUACCUGGAUAACAUAGACCUCUGAUAUUCAAGCACACAACCUAGGUACUUUUUCAUAUGCUAGGCGAAACUGGUUGGCACUUAUGAUCGGCUUGAUAUUCACACCAGCCCUUGAAAUAUUCGCAGUGCAGGUCUCGUGAGAAAGGAGCUCUGAUGCCGUCUGCUAAUAUACCAACCAGGACAUACGGCAAGGGCAAAUAGAAUAAACCCCUGAAGCACUAUCAAUUAAAUACCUAUGGUAACCAGCAUAGCAACCACGUUGAUUCUAAAGCUGUAGGAUAUCUAAUUUCGAAC